AUUUUUUUAAAGAAUCCGCAGCGGUCACUUUCCCCACAGAUCUAUCUGACUCCUUCCUCCUCUUCCUCAUCUCCUUCUUCGUCGUCGUCUUCCUCUCCCGCGCGCGCUCGCAAUGCCGCCAACGGAGGCCGACUUUGAUCUCCGGCCGUCCUCCCAGUCCGCCUUCUCGAUCGGGGAGUACACGUUCGCCGAUGCGGGGAAUUUGGAGCAGUGCGCCAAGUACUUGAACCAGACGCUUGUUACCUUCGGGUUUCCAGCUUCUCUCGACUUAUUCGCGAAUGAUCCGGUGUCGAUCGCGAGAACUUGCAAUUGCAUCUACUCUCUGCUUCAGCAGAGGCAGCGCGACAUUGAAUUCAGGGAGUCUGCUAAUGAUCAGAGGCAGAGACUGCUUUCUGACAUAUCGAGGUUAGAGGCCAAAGUCGAAAGAUUAGAGUCACAGCUGCAGGCCAAAGAUAGGGAGAUUGCAACCAUUACCCGGACUGAAGCCAAAGCUACUGCUCAAUUUAAGGCUCAAAUUGAAAAGCUACAACAGGAAAGGGAUGAAUUUCAGAGGAUGGUCAUUGGCAAUCAGCAAGUGAGGACUCAACAGAUCCAUGAGAUGAAGAAAAAAGAAAAGGAAUACAUUAAGUUGCAGGAGAGGCUAAACCAAGUGUUGAUGGAGAAGAAGAAGGAAUCAAAAUCAGGCAUGGAAAUAAUGAAUUUGCUUCAGAAAGAAGGGCGGCAGCGUGGGACUUGGAAUGGGAAGAAGGCCGAUAAUGACUUCUACAAGAAGAUUGUAGAUGCUUAUGAAGCCAAAAACCAAGAGUUGAUGGCUGAAAACAAUGAUUUGAGAGCAUUGCUACGUUCUAUGCAGACGGAUAUGCGUGAUUUUUUUAAUGCUCCAAAUGGACUGACCAAGCAAUCUCAAUCUGUCAAUGGAAGAGGAGAAGCUGAUGUCACCCAAUCUCCACUGGGUGGAAAGACGGAUGUCUUUGACCUCCCUUUGCAUAUGGCCAGAGAUCAAAUAGAAGAAAAUCUUCGGAAUAAAAUGGCUUCAAUUAAGGAGCGGAUGGUCCAAUUGCAAGAUGCUCAGAAAGAAGCAGAAGUUACAAGUGAAGCUACAGAGAGAGAGCUUGAACUUGAAGCUCAACUUGUUGAGGCAAGGAGCAUCAUUCAGGAGCAGGCAUCCAUAAUGUCGAAGCAUCUUGCAAAGUCUGAAAGACCAAGGGAGUCGAUCAUUUCAUCUCCGGAGGGGCGUUAACUUGAAGAAGAGAGUUUGAAAAAUCUCCCGCUUGCAUCAAUGUCAACUUAAGUUGUCGUGGAUGCCCAGAUCUUUCCAGUGACACCAAGGGCUGGGCUGAGCAAAACCCGAACAUGUAUUAUUCCUCUAAAACUAGAUCUGAUUCGGGGUAUCUAUUUAGCAAAAUGUCUUAGGUAGUGUAUCGAUGCCAUACUCUUUCAAUAUGUAAUGCUUCAUCUUGGACAAGUUAUUUUGCGUGAUAUAAGCUUGGUGAAUAUUCAUCAUCGUUACUCUUUC